AUGGCCAGCGCCCCAGUUGCCGCCGCCCCUGCGGCUUCUUCCCGCUCUGCGGGUUCCGUCGAAAAGGCUGUGCGAUCCCGCCCAACUCUUGCCUUGCUCUUCCCCGUCUUUUCUCUCUGCGUUAUCCUCGGAAUCCUGAGCGCGCCGUCGUCCGUCGACGCCCAGCUGAAGUUCGUCGGCCUCGGAAACUGGGGUUACGGCACGACCAGCCAGAAGACUGUCGCAGACACUCUGAAGAAAGUCGCCGCCGCUGAACACAUCAGCUUCAUCGCUUCUCCCGGAUCGAACUUCGCCGGAGGCGUGUCGGGCAUGAACGAUACCAAAUGGCAAACGGAAUUCGAAAACGUGUACAGUGACCCCAACGGCGCGCUCAAGAUGCCAUUCUUCACCGUCCUCGGUGUCGACGACUGGAGCGGGAACUACACCUCGGAAGCCCUCCGUACCGAACUCACUUACGCCGCCACCAGCGAACAAAUCAAAGAAGGAAAACUUGCGCCAUCCGAUGCUUCCGAGGCCGCUGCCGCAGCGGAAAACACUGGCUACCCCAAGUGGACUCUGCCCAACUGGUGGUACCACUACCUUAUGCACUUCCCCGCCAACACCGGAGGUGCAUUCAUCAACUCUGGCCACAAGGACAUGAGCGUGGGCAUGAUCUUCAUUGACACCUGGGUGCUUUCUUCCUCCUUCCCCUUCUCGAACGUGACCAGCCGCGCGUGGGAAGAUCUGGAGAAGACCCUCGAGCUCGCACCCAAGAUCCUCGACUACAUCAUCGUCGUCGCGGACCGCCCCGUCUACUCCAGCGGCGCCUCGAAGGGAGACUCCAUGCUCCAAUACUACCUCCAGCCUCUGCUGAAGAAGGCCAAUAUCGACGCCUACAUCUCCGGUUACGACUUCAGCUUGGAAGUCAUCUCGGACGACAACAUCAGCCACGUGAGCUGCGGUGCUGGCGCGAAGGCCGCGGGAUCUGCCAUCGUCAAGCACUCCGGCAGCCUCUACUACGGCAGCGAGACCGGUUUCUGCCUCUUUGAAUUGACAGCUGAAGGCUUGGUCACCCGCCUCGUCAGUGGCACGACCGGAGAAACUCUCUACACUCACAAGCAGCCCUUGAAGAACCGCCCGGAGAGGAAAUCUAUCGACGCCUUCAACUUUGUCAGCCAGUUGCCCGAGGUCCGCUACUACCCCGUUCCGGAGAUGGGAAAGAUGCCGGGUCGCGACGUCUUUGUUCGCGUGGUUGGAACCAUUGGUCUGUGCAUCGCGACCAUCUUCCUGUCGCUCUCUGUCGCGAGCGGCGUCUCGCGUUACAUGAAAUAA